GGCGGGUUUGGGAAAUGUUAUGAAGUAGAGGACAAAGAGGGAAGAGUACUCGCCGUAAAAGUCGUUGCCAAAUCAUCGUUACGAAGUUUAAAAAAUAGAGAUAAGCUUCUUAGCGAGAUCCAAAUUCACAAGAAGAUGGAUCAUCCGCAUAUAGUUAAAUUUUAUGAAUGCUGUGAAGAUCCUUCAUUUGUGUACAUGAUAAUGGAGCUUUGUGAAAAUAAAACUUUAGCUUAUAUGAACAAAAGAAGACAACGGUUGACCGAAGCUGAAGUUCGUUAUUUUAUGCGUCAGCUCCUUGACGCAUGCGAAUAUAUGCAUCGGAAUUUUGUCAUUCAUCGUGAUCUCAAGUUAGCGAAUCUCUUUUUAUCCAAAGAUAUGAAAAUCAAGAUCGGUGAUUUUGGUUUAGCGGCCCAAUUAGAACGCGAGGGUGACAGGAAAAAAACGAUAUGCGGUACUCCAAAUUAUAUCGCACCGGAAGUAUUAUUCGACCAAGUAAAGGGUCAUAGUUUUGAAGCUGAUGUGUGGUCUUUAGGCGUUAUAAUGCCACCUUUCCAAACGGAAGGAAAGGUUGAUCAAAUAUACAAGAAAAUCAAAGAAUUAAAAUAUGACUUUCCAGGAAAUAUUAACGACGUUUCCAAAGAAGCGAAAGCAUUAAUUAAUUUAAUGUUAACAUUGGAUCCUGAAAAGCGACCAACAAUUCAACAAGUUCGGGAUCAUGACUUCUUUCGUCUAGGAGUUACUCCAUCUGAAAUACCUGUAUCAGCAUUGACUAUCGCGCCGAGUUUCGAGCUUCCUCCACUAACAAGGCCUCGCAUUAAUUUGUCCCUUGCCAAUAGACGACCACUAAGAGUUAUUCAAAUUGGCACGAAUCUGAAUAAUUUGAAUUCUACUGCUGCUUCAGUUGCCAAGAAGUCUAUUUAUCCCGUUGAAGUAAAGCCUUUACCAUUAAGAUCCGAGAAAAAAUUGGUUAAUUCUGUGGCUUCAAAGCCUGAACCAAAACCAAAUUCUACAGAAGCCCCUCUCAUUUCAGCUUCCGCGAUAAAUUCUGCGCGUGUACAAAAUAUUGCAAAUUCGAUUGCAAAUGCUAUUGUCCCUAAUUGUAAUAAUGCAAGUUCUACAAGUAGCACGUGCAUCACCAAAAAAGAUUCAUCAAAUAAAACAAGAGUCGGCGUUCUUGAAUCAGUAUAUAAUACUCUAUCUACUGCAUUUGAUCAAAUGUUAGAAGGAAAAGAAGUGUUACCGCACGUUUUCGAUAAACAACCUACGACACCACUCGUGUUUAUUAGUAAAUGGAUGGAUUAUACUAACAAGUAUGGACUUGGAUAUCAGUUGACAGACGGUUCUGUUGGCGUGAAUUUCAAUGAUAAAACUACAUUGAUAAUGUCGCCAAAUGGACAUAUAUAUAUAACAAUAAAACCUCAGCAAAUUAAUUUCCGCAAUUAUAUGAAUGAAGUUCUUCCAAAAAUUAGCACCACUUACACAUUUGUUGACAACAAUCGAACCAAUAACAUGGAAUUCUUGACAAAAUAUAAACGAACACCUCAUGCUGUUCUUUUUAGGUUAAGCAACCGCCUAGUGCAGGUAAAUUUCUUUGACCAUGAGAAGAUCAUACUUUCAGAAGAAGGUCGGGUAAUAACAUAUAUUGACGAAGCACGUGGAAUUAACACACAUACAAUUUCCGAGAUAUUAAAAGGUGAUCAUGCAACAGAAAAAAAUCGGCUGAAAUACGUGAAAGACGUUUUAAAAAAACUUGUAGAAGCAGCUCAUAAAAACAGUAAACCUGAGA